GACGAGGCCAAUGAGACCCUUAGUGUCGAGGACGACAAACGUCGACGCAAUACAGCUGCCUCUGCCCGUUUCCGACAGAAGAAGAAAAUGCGAGAACAGGCUCUCGAACUGACCGCCAAGGAAAUGACAGCAAAGACGGAGAGACUGGAGAACCGAGUCAAAGAGCUUGAAAUGGAGGCUAAAUGGCUCCGUGCUCUUGUGGUA